GCUAGCUAGCUAGACUUGCAAGAAUAUCAUGCAUGAAAUCAUAGAGAGAUCAGUUCUAUAUCAAGAGCUUGCCAUUCAAGAGAUCACCAGAGGAUAUAAGCUUGCUGCAAGGCUUCAAACUUUCAUACCAAAAGGCGAACCACAGUUGGAGUUGGUUGGAAUUCUCUUGGAGGAGGUCUUGCAAGCUUUAUCAAUGGCUUUGUCCAUGUUGAAGAAGUCCGGCAAUACAUGCACACAGACACAGGCUUCUAGAGAGCAGAUUAUCUCCGAGACCAGCUCAGCUUCUUUCAGUGAUCAAGGGAGUACUGAGGCUCCAGAAGAGGUCAAGAUUCCCACAAGUGCUAGUAUUGUAUGUGGUAAAAGGGAACGUCAACAGAGAUUGAAGACCAUGGAUCCAUGGACUAAAGUUACUUAUGCUCCUCAUGAUGAUGGUCACCAGUGGAGGAAGUAUGGGCAGAAGAACCUCCAAAAGUCCAAGCUUGCAAGGAGCUAUUAUAGAUGCACUUACAAAGAUGAAGGGUGCCCAGCAACGAAGCAUGUUCAACAGAAGGACAACAAUGAUCCACCUUUGUUCUUGGUCACUUACUAUGAGCAGCACAUCUGCAAAACUAAUAAUAAUCCCAUGAUCAUCACUCCACAAAUCACACAAGAUCCCCUUCUUCCAGUAGAACCAAACUUGUUUAGCUUUGAAUCAAAUGCCAAUAAGUUCUUCUGCUACCAUGAGAGGGCAAUGCUCAAGGCCUCAACAACUGAUCAACAAGACUCUGACCUAGAAAGAGUUGACCUUCAAAAUGUGAUCAUUGAUCAAACAGCAAUAGGAUCAGUGGUAAACAAUGAACAGUACUGUUUGGAGGCCGUACCUAACUCUACCAUUGAGGAUUUCUCAUUGAGUGCAUGUAUGUCACCCCCUUGGGAAGUGAUGAGCUUGGACUACUUGCAGAUGGAUUCCUUUGGAUUUGAUCCCCUUCAUGAAGGCUUUCCAAGCUUCUAAAUCCUUAGUCUAGCUACUUGAUGGGCUCGA